UGAAUCCUAGAUUUUCCAAUUUUACACAAAGGAGGAUCGCUAGAAUAAUGGCACCCUUAAUUUUAGUACUAAUAUUUAUUUAAUGAUGAAAGUAAUUGUUAGCGAACGAAAAGGAAAAUUAGAAAUGAGAUUUUGAGCAACUACCCAGGGAAAUCGAGAACGCGUGGUCGCGUGUGCAGUGGUCAGUGAAACCAGUAAAGUACAACACGGGAAAACGGAGGAGGGAAUAGAAAAGGAACCCUCGCUAAAAGUACAACUCUCUGAAGCGGCGCUACGACAUUUAUGAUUUAGCCGUGAGUGCAACGCUAAGCGAAAGUUUCCAAACCCUUCACCCCAAUCCCUAAUCUCUUCUCCCUCCAACCUUCUUCUGCAGUUGAUUCAAUAAAUUUGCUAUCUGUUGAUUCCGUGACAGAUAUAUCUGUCCCCGGAUUUUUCCUUCUUGUCUUUAAAAAUAAAAAAUAAAAAAAAUAUACGAUUCGAUUUGUAGAGAUUCAUUCAUUCAAUAUCGAAGAAGGGGGAGAAGGGCUUUUCUUUUUUAUUUAAUAUUAUAUUAUAUAUAUCUAGGUAUAAUACAAACCCAUUUAUUCGAUAUUUUUGGAGAGCGAAAGUGAAGGGAAAAUGUCGAAGAAGAAGGCAACGAUGACGCUGAAGGAUUUUCAUGGCGGCUCUAUUCCUUCCGAUCUCCCUCUUCCCUCUGCACCUGGCGUAACUGUGAGGCCCGUUGAUCGUGGUGGAUUUGAUAGGCAGAUGUCAUGGGGUAACUCAGCAGGAAGGUCUGAACAUCGGUUGCGGCCAGCAUCUGCUGGCUCAGCUAGGACCCUUGAUGAAAAAUCUCCAUUUCUAAGUCAUAGUUCCCACAUAGGCCUCAAUUUUGAUGAGGAUGAGCGGAAGCCUUUGGAUGGAGUUUCAGGCCCUCGCCGAACAGUUGCAGAUGAAAGCUUUCGUGCUCAACCUAGUCGCAUGGCCGAGCAUAAGACAGAUAAUACUACGCCUGGUGCUAGAGUUGGUAGUAGUCCUUCAAUUCCUGUGUCUCAGCUAUCAACUGGUUCCACUGGUGGCUCUUAUGCAGGGAGGGUUGUUGAAGUGCAAAAUUCAAAGUUCAACAAUCAAACUUUAAGUGGUAGUCGCAGUUAUGGGUCAAGUUAUCCAGUUGUUGGUGGAAAUGCUGGGCAAGCAGUGGCUGGAUCACAUCCAAAUGCAUGGGGGAUAAGGAAGGAGGCUUCUAGUAUGAAAGAGCCUGCAUCUGCUGCAUGGUCAGCUCCAGAUGCCGAGACAAAGUUAGCCCAUGCCAGUGCUCUUGAGAAGGUCUCAUCUGGUCGGUGGAGCUCAAAACAACAAAUUAAUCCUCGAAAAGAUGCUGCAGUCCAUGGACUUCAUGAAACCGACGGGAAGUUUGAGUAUAAUUCUAGCAAUGCAUACAUUAGGAAAACCUAUAAUAGGUUAGAUGUAGCUGCUGACUCUGACUAUCAAGACAUUGGCUUGGUAAUGCAUGCUGAAAGAAGUCUAACUUUCGGAGAUGGGAUUCACAGUGGUGUAAAGGAGGUGCCGCAAGCUUAUGAGAGGACUAAAUCUGCCAUACGUAUGGAUUCAUAUGAGAAAAACGCUGCUGCUACUGCUAAUGGUUUCCUGUCUGUUCAGUCCUCUUUGAAACCUGUUGGGGCUGAGUUUCAGUCAACGUUAUCUUCAGAAUCAUCAGAAAGACCAAAGCUCAAAUUACUUCCAAGAUCAAAACCGUUGGAGAAUAUAGAAUCACCAAGUGAGCACAAGCAGAGAUAUGAGCAGACUAGUGAUAAUCUCCAUAUGGAGGAUAUCCAUGAAGUUAAAAAUGCUAUUGUUGGCGAUAGAGCUCCAGAGCGCCCAAAACUGAAUUUGAAGCCACGAUCACAAACCCAUGAGCAACUUGAAGGAAACACAGAAGUCAAAAGAGGGACUGUUUUUGGGGAAGCUCGCCCACGGGAAUUGGUUCUUAAGGCACGUGGGGUUGAAGAUGACUUAAACAACUAUGAGGGUCAACCUGUGUUGAGGGUGAAGGAAGUUUCUCCAAAGAGUGACACGUUCACGCAUGGAUCUUCUGCACGCUACAGUGAAAAAUCUGAAGGUAUUCCUACUGAUCAAAGGAUGGGUAAAUACUCUAACAGGCGAGAAAACCAGCUGGAUGUUGAGAGAAGCGAUUCACAUAGGAGGAACAGGCAAAACGAAAUUUGGAGAAAUAAUAAGGAUGCUGAGAAGCACCGCAAUCAGCAACCGAAACAGCUACAGGAUAGGGCUCCAUCUCCAGAGACGUGGCGAAAACCAAUUGAGCAUGGCAAGCCAGCACCGACUGAUGCCCCCAUACGAUAUGGGAAAGCAGCAUCUGCAGUUGAGCUGGCCCAGGCCUUUUCAAAAUCAGUAUCAGAUCCAACUGCUGCUGAUCGACUCUCUGGCCCUAGAGGCAUCCCUGGUCGCAACCAGAUGCCUUUUUCCAGACUUACGGGCCCAACACCGAGGCCUCAGAUCAAUGGUUACUGAAGUCGAGGCGAAGAGGUUGUGGGAGGAAGCCUGUGAAGCUUUACAUUGUGCGAGGCGCUUUUCUGUCAGCAUAAUUUGGAAGAAUUAAUGAAAUCUGGAGCUGUGCAACAUGGAGCCAGAUGCUUGCGCUUAUAAGAAGACCAAAGGACGUGAACCGAAUUGUUUUUAUGUUGUGCCCAUCAUAAAUUACUAUGCUUAGGGGAGUAAACUAAGUUGUUCAUGGAAUAAUUAUUAACUGAACAACACAUGGUCAACCAACGUGUGCUGAUUUAUCAUUCAGCUACUUUCCAACUUCUGUGCCAACUACUAAUCAUGGAGUUGAACAUGUUUGUGUUAAUGUUUUUGGUUAUUCAGCAGUUCAAGAGAAGCCCACACCCUGCCAUUUUUACGUUU